CGUUUUUUUUUUUUUUUUUUUCCUUCGACCCUUUCACCGUUACCCGGGGCAACAGCUGAGCCGUCUGGGAAGGGCUGCAUCUAGACGUCUGGUCACUUACCUAGAUGGACCACCGUUUAGGGCUCCGAAAAGCCCUCUCCUGCCCGGAAGUUGUAUUUGGCACUUCCGAAUAGGGUCAUGGCGGAAGGGUGUGAAUAGCCUCGCCGCCCGUGCCCCAGGGAAUGCCCAUUCCUGACCUCAGUUGCAAAGUGAGUUUCUUCUGUAUGCUUGAGUCAAGAACUCUGUCAUCUUGGUAAUACCGUGUUGGAUGCUUAAAGCUGCAGCAAAAAGACCAGAACUUUCAGAUGCAGCAUAGAGAAAACUGAAAAGAGACCUUGCUUUUGAGUAAGGCAGACCCGAGUUCAAAAUCUGUUUCUUCACUUACCAACUAUAUGAUGUUGGGCAAGGGGAAAACACUGUAUCCAACAACUCCGACAUGGCAGAAGUGAAGCCAGUGUUCCGGGAAGUUCUUCCAAAACAAGGGCCAUUGUUUGUGGAAGAUAUAACCACAAUGGUGCUGUGUAAACCCAAACUUUUACCUUUAAAAUCUCUGACUCUGGAAAAACUAGAGAAAAUGCAUCAAGCAGCACAGGAUACAAUUCGCCAACAAGAAAUGGCAGAAAAGGAUCAACGGCAAAUAACCCACUGAACGGUAACCGAAGCACUUUAGGGAACAACCUCUCUUACCUACUAUUUAACAGUAACUAAAAAAUGAUAUGCUUCUGUGUGCUGAAAGUAGCAUUUGUUAAUAUUAUCAAUAAAAUUGGUAAUACUCUAUAUAAAUACAAAACUACCUAAGAUUGAUGAAAUUUGAAUUGUGAAUAUAAUCACUCUGGUUUGUAUUGAACAUAAAACAGUUACUGUGAACCAAAUUUUCUGGGGUUUUUACUCAUGUUUUUAGAAUUGCUUAUUAUUUGUUCACCAUUCCUGUUGCUGUCUCUUAUAGAUAACAUUCUUGGGCACAAGGGACUAAUGGAUCUUUACAUUUAUUAAAAUCUGAAUUGGAAUAUAAUACUCCAGUCUUGCAUAAAGUGUUUGUUGGGCUUUUACAUUAUUUAAUUAAACAAAUAAAUUUUUUAAAAAAUUUUGACCAAUUUUAUGUGACAUGUCACGCUUAAUACUAUCAUGUGUGACCAGAUCCUACCAGUAAUGAAAAAACUGUAUUAAAUCUCAUUUUGAAGAAACUCUCCCCUAUUCUGUAGUCAGCUAAGCUUUUAAUUACAUUAAUGUUAAGGACUUGAGAAUUACAUGACUGUGUUUAUCACCCAGGUGUCAAUUAAAAACCUAAAAAUGGUAACUAUAUUUAUAUAAGCCCAGGUAGUAUGGGCUUCAAAAAGCCCAUGUGGUAAAUAUGAACAUUAAACUUGGUUUUAAUUCUAACAGACUGUAUCUAAACUUGCAAUCGGUAUACUCCUAAUAGUACCCACAUAAAUUCUGAAUAUAAUUCUUUGUCGGUUUGCUGCAUUCAAUAUUUGGCAGUUUAGAAUAGACCUUGAGGGCCUGCUGAGUUAUUAGGCUAUGUAAAAGUGGUUCAAAGUAUGAUCAUUCUUUUGUUAUUAAUUGGUAGGUCAUAUUUUCUCAGACAUUGGGUAAAUGUCAAGCUUUCGGUCUUUGGAGAAUAACUUUUUGUAACACUAGCCAUUAUUUGAUAACAAUUUAAGAAUAGAAUGAUAGAAGGUAUUACAUAUUUCUUAAACUUAAUUAAGCUGUAGAUCAGGUAUCAAUGGAGGAAAGUGAUACCUGCAUUUUUUUCCCCUAGUGUAAUCUUAAUUUACUAUUGUACUUUUCAUUUAAAAGUUUUGUAGGGAAAAAAGUUUUCAAGGAACACUAAGAUUAAAUUCACUAGGUUCAAAUAUGCUUCCUUAUGAGAUUUAAAAUUUGCUGUGUGAAAUUAAAGUUUAAAAGACCUAAAAUAAAUGUACUCCCAAUAAAGUAUCAACACUGCUUCACAUGUUUUAUUUUGGUGUACAUUCUUCUAGAACCAGGUUCAUUUUUCCAGUUUUGUAGAAAAAUAGAUGUUCCAGCCACCAUUUACUUAACUGUCUAGUCUUUUAAGACCGGUCAGUAUGUUCCCUGGAAAGAUGAAUAAGUCUCAUGACUAAUUUUUUUUUAAUUCUUUAAGACAAAGAAAUAACUUUCUUUUUUUUUACUUCCAAAGCACAGUAUUUCAACAGCAGCAGCCAACAUGGGGUUUUAGCAGCUUAUCUUUACCCCCUAAAUAAAGCUUUGUAUAAACCAGUGAUUUUACUACAAAAAACACCGUCCUUGAAAGAAAGGAGUGGCAGUCAGACAUCAAUGCAAAACUUGGAAUGAUUAGGUCAUAAACAUGGCACUUACAAAAGGUAGCUUAUUAGAAUAUUCCACUUAAGAAGAGGUCACUUUUCUGUCCCUCCUCUGCCCCCUCAAAAAAAAAAAAAAAAAGAAAAAAGAAAAAACAUUUCCUUUAAAAAUUCCCCUUAAAUGUAGGUUUAUAAAAAUGUCAGAAAUGCCUUGUACCCAAAACAAGUGC